AGUGGGCCGCACACCCCCACCCAACUUUUCUGAAAGUACCCCCCCUCCCCUGGGACAUACAUGUACAUAUAUCCAUGUGUAUAUUGCCACACUUGUCUUCUUAUUUUCUAUGUACUUUAGGGAUCACUCAAGAACCAAGAUUUUACUGAAUACAGAGACAUAUAUCCUGAAUAUUCAAUGAUUUUCAAUUAUUGUAAUUAGAGGAACACUCCCAAAAACAGUUGAUAAAAAUGGCAAAAGCUGCAAAGAACACUACUGGUAGCAAUUCAAAUGAUGGCAGUGAUGUUCCCCCUGAGCUUAGUUUCAGCCUUCCAUCGAUAAAGGAUAUUCAAGCGCCAAUUAAGGAUCAAAAUGACCUGAAUCUCCCUGUUGAAAUUCUUUUGGUGACUGUCACGAACUGUGAGUUCAUAGCUUGUUAUAUGCAGUUAGAAGAUCCAUUGCAAUGCUACUUUCAUGGUAUUGGUUAUGUUUACUUUGGACAUGAGGGUACACGACAAGAGAAGAAAGUGAAUAUUGCUUUGAUUAGAUGUGACAAAGGUUCAGCUGGUCCUGGCAGCUCUCUGAUUACUGUGAAAAAUGCCGUCACUGUACUCGGACCCAAGGGUGUGAUUUCUGUGGGAACCUGCAGUGGUCUGAACCCAGAGAAAACGAAGUUAGGAGAUGUUGUUGUCUCUGCGAAAAUAUCAACUUAUGCAUCCAAAGUUGUCACCAGUGAAGGAGAGCAAUCAUCUGGCAUGAGAAGUUAUGUUAGCCGACAUUUUCUUGACCUCAUCAAACAUGCAGACCAUGGCUGGAAGGCACCCUUGAAAAACCCAGAAGCACAACAAGUCAAAGUUCAUUGUGGUGAGGUUUUAAGUGGUCCAGAGCAGGUCAGUGCUGGAUGGCGACGUGAGGAACUGGCUAAGUCCCAUCCUAUGGCAAUUGCGAUUGAAAUGGAAGGUGAAGGUAUUUUCACGGCAGCAUUUGAUCUUCAGAUUGAAUGGCUAGUAGUGAAAGGCAUUGCUGAUUAUGCUGAUGAUACUGAGAGCAUGUCAGAGAAUUGGAUUACUUUUGCUAGCGUGAUGGCUGCUUCAGUUGUUGCAAAUAUUUUGAAUGAUCCCGUCGUUUUCCAGGAAUGGCCCCAUUUCAAAGCCGCUUCUCUUGGGAUAACAGUUGAUUGUGAAACUGUUAAAGCAAAAAGACUGGAAAGGACUUCAGAUUCAACAAACUGGGCACAAUGUAAGGAAGGAGCUGUAGGAGCAGUGCCGAUAGAGGAAUAUACUCCCACAGGAAGUGAAAUGUAUCUUAAAUUUGCAUGGGAUCUCUAUAAGGCUGCGAAACCAUCUACCAUAAAGGAAUUUCACGACUUCUUUGAUUAUCUAGUCUUUGUGAAACGUCUUGUUAUCGAAGAUGUUAAGUCUGGAAGUCUGCUAAUCACAGUCAAGUGUGCGUCAUUGCAGGUCCUUGAAGAACUCUGGGCUGACUAUACAUGUGGGCAUCUGAAUGAAGUGGUACAAAAAUGUCUUGUAACAAAGGAUAUCCUUACUGAACUUGGCCUUGCCGAGUUGAAGCUGAAGACUACUAUAAGAGAAGAUGAUUACAAGGAAUGUAAACAAUUCUUCCAAGAAUUAGCAGAAAAGCAGAGCUCAUUGCGGCAACCAAAGAUAGUGGUACCAAGUACAAGUAGCCAAGAUCCCAAAUGCUUCAAAGUGGAAGCAGAAAAGCAGAGUUCAUCGCAGCAAUUAAUGGGAGCGGUACUAAGUACAAGUAGCCAAGAUCCCAAACGCUUCAAAGUGGAAGGUAUUUAGCAAUUCUGAUCAGUUCUUUAAAUUGAAAUAGAGACUUUAUAAUCACGUUAUGCAUACACUACAGUAUUAGAAAACUGCAUUAAAAAUGUGGUUUAUCAUGCUCUUUUUAGUGCAGAGUACACUAUUUGGGAGCUGCCAUCCACUAAGGUGCUAUGGAAGUAAGAUGCUAAGGCAAUAAGGCGUAAACUUUAAUGUUUGUUUAAUUAAUUAAUUAAUUUCAAUUAAUAAUUAAUUAGUCUA